AUGCGGACAGAGCCCUACUGGCAUGCGUCGGUGGGGAAGAAUGCGGCCCACGCACAGGCGGAAGAGCAGAUCCUGGUGAAUGUGGACGGGGACAACAUGAUUGGCGCAGGCUUCCUGAGGAACGUCUGCGACAAGUUCGCGGCCGGGGACUGUGCAGUGGCGCAGUACGAGCUGGGCCAGGGCACCUGCGGCCGCAUCGCCUUGCGCCGGGACACCUUCUGGGAGCUUGGCGGCUACGACGAGGACGCCUAUCCCAUGGGCUGCCAAGACACGGACCUGGUCUUGCGGGUGAAGAUGCUGAACCGCGGCAGGCACGUGAAGGUGCGGGACCCAACCUUCUCGCAGGCCAUCAGCAACACCCAGGAGCAGAAGAUUGAGAACUGCGACCCACAACUGGGAUUCAAGAAGUGGGGCCAGAUGAACGAGAAGAACCGACAGAAGUUCCUGCAGCGCCGAAGCAACGGCGAGAUCCGUCGGAACCAGGCGGCCGGCACCAUGGGCGUGGCGCUCGUCUGGCACCGGUACGUGGACGGGGAGUGCCGACAGAAGUCCCUGGACAUCGCGCGGCUCAAAGUGGACCCAGUCCCGAAGCCGCCGGUAGAGGCGCCGCAAGAGCCGGAGUUGAUCAUCGAGGAGUGCUAG